AUCAGCCCAAAACUUUAUUCUUCUAUUGAUUUUCGAAUCCCCCAAAUUCUAGGGUUUUACUCAGGGUUUCCCUUACCACCAAACUCCUUCAAAUUCGAGACCGGGGCGCGCUUCAGUUUCAGUAAUCGAUUCCAAUUACAAUUUCCCGGCGGCUUGAGGAGUUAGAAUUUUCCCUUCUUAGGCGGCGGCGCGUGGAGUUAACGACCGGCGAAGAUGAGGAAGCUGAAGUUUCAUGAGAAGAAGCUGCUGAAGAAAGUUAAUUUCUUGGAAUGGAAGAGAGAAGGUGGCCAGAGGGAAAACAUGGUAAUUCAACGGUAUCACGUCACUGGCAGAGAUGACUACAAAAAGUAUUCGAGUUUGUGUAGAAUGGCGCAGAAGCUAGUGAAUAUACUGAAACAAAUGGAUGCAAGAGAUCCUUAUCGAAUUGAGAUGACCGAGGCCCUUCUCGAAAAACUGUACAACAUGGGUGUUAUACCAUCUCGUAAAAGUUUGGCUUUGUGCGAGCGUUUGUCUGUGUCAUCUUUUUGCCGGCGUAGGCUUGCCACUAUCUUGAUGCGGCUGAAGUUUGCAGAACACUUGAAAGAAGCAGUUACGUAUAUCGAACAGGGGCAUAUUCGUGUGGGACCCGAAACAGUUACCGACCCAGCUUUUCUUGUUACGAGGAAUAUGGAAGACUUUAUUACAUGGGUCGAUACAUCGAAGAUUAAGAGGAAGGUCAUGGAGUACAACGAGAAGUUGGAUGACUAUGAUGCGAUGAUCUAAUGCACUGUCUUAAAGAGUACAACGAGAAGUUGGUCGACUAUGAAGACUGUCGUGUAUGUUCGUUGUCGUUUUGUAGUUCGUUUUUUCAAGUAAUUUAUUCUUUGGCUUGGCCUUUUUUGCUCCUGUUAAGUAGUCGAUGUACUAUUCAAUUUCGGAAGCAAUAUAAUUAUGUUUCGAAUGGUUUUUUUUAUCAAGAUUUCGAGGGAAGCUUUCUAA